UGCUAUGUCUCUCUCUCUCUCUCUCUACACCCUUUCGAGUGCUGAAAUCGCCCAAAUCCCCGUCGCCGGCGAAUCACAUCGGCGCGCCCGCCGGCCUCCGUCGAUGGCUUGACCCAUGGAUCCGACGCCGACCGCGCCGCCUCUGCCCCCGGUCUCCGGCCUAUCGCGCGCCGUGAUCUCCUUCCUCGACGGCGAGCUCCGCGAGCGGGGAGCUUUGUCGCUGGCGAGCGGCCUCGCUGCGGACCUCGAGACGCAGUGCCGCGAUCUGGACCGGAGCUUGGUGCAAGUGAGGUCGAGGCUCGAAGUGCAUCUCGCGGCUUACAGUUCGUUCUCCGAUCGCGUUCACGGCUCCCUCAGUGGCAUCACUGCCAAGUUCGCCGAGCUCCUCUCGCUGGUCGCCGCGUUCGAUCCUCUGUCAGAUGGAGGAGGAGGGAAGAGAAUACUGGGAGAAGAGUUGCCAGCACUGGCUAAGGAGGUGGCAAGGGUGGAGACGGUGCGAGCGUAUGCCGAGACAGCAUUAAAGCUGGACAGUUUGAUCGGUGAUGUUGAGGAAGCUGUUUCUUCGACUUUGAAAAGAAAGCAUUCAUUUGCACAAAGUUCUGAAGAAGUGCGCAUGCAUGCUAUAAGAACACUCAACGAAAUAGAAGAUGUUAUAACUCAAGUCUCAAAGCUACGCCCUCGAUGGACACAUCUUGUGUGUGCAGUUGAUCACAGAAUCGAUCGGGCUCUGGCCAUUUUGAGACCGCAGGCCAUUGCAGAUCACCGGGCCUUCCUCUCUUCACUUGGAUGGCCACCACCUCUUUCCACUUCGACUUCUGCAAAUCCAGAUGCAGGGAGAUUACCAGCGGUCCCAAAUCCUCUAUUAACGAUGCAAGGGGAUCUCAAGCGCCAAUACUGUGAAAAUUUUCUCUCCUUAUGCCACCUUCAGGAGUUGCAGAGAAGAAGAAGAUCUCGCCAACUUGAAGGAAGUAAUCGGGAAAUCGCUCUCCAUCAACCACUUUGGGCAAUUGAGGAGCUUGUAAAUCCUGUAUCACUUGCAUCCGAACGUCAUUUUUCGAAGUGGAUUGAUAAACCAGAAUUUGUUUUUGCUCUUGUUUAUAAGAUAACAAGGGAUUAUGUGGAUUCUAUGGAUGACUUGUUGCAACCGCUGGUUGACAAAGCAAUGCUAGCAGGGUACAGCUGCAGAGAAGAAUGGAUUGCCUCGAUGGUUUCUGCCUUGUCCACAUACUUGGCGAAAGAGAUAUUCCCCCUCUAUGCCAGCCAACUGGAAGAAGAGAGCGUUAAUGGUGUUAGAUCGAAAGCGAGAACAUCAUGGCUUCAUCUCAUUGACUUGAUGAUUUCUUUCGAUAAACAAAUAAGAUCCCUCAUAGCUAAUUCUGGGAUCUCAUUCUCUCUUAUGGAUGAAAGCAACGUGCAGAAGCUUUCCUCUUUAUCUGUCUUCUGUGAUCGACCUGAUUGGGUUGAGUUAUGGGCAGAAAUUGAGCUCAGCGACACGCUGGACAAGUUGAAAGCUGAUGUUGAUAAUGAGAGAAAUUGGACAAAGAAAGUUCAGGGAGCUGUUCUUAUGUCUGGUCCAGAAGAUUACAAGUCGCCCCUUGUUUCAGAUUUCUUUCUUCGACGAUUAUCAUCUGUUGUGGAUCGCUCACGGUCACUACCCGACGUUCCUCUCAGGUCUAAGUUUCUCAAGUUAGUUGGUGCACCUAUAAUACAGAAGUUUUUGGAUUGCUUGCUUGUCAGGUGCCAAGAAGCUGAAGGACUGACUGCAUUGACAGAUGACAGUGCCCUUGUUAAAGUAGCCAAUUCUGUUAAUGCUGCGCGCUAUGUUGAAUCUGUUUUGAGAGAAUGGUGUGAAGAUGUCUUUUUUAUCGAGAUGGGGUUGGGGGAAGGUGAUGAACCUGGAAAGUCGCAAGCAGAAGAGGCUGAUUUUGAUGGAACGGUGUAUGGACCAGGAAGUGGUGUUUUCGACAAGGAGAUUAGGAAGUUGAAAGAAUUUGGAGUCGAAUGGGUUGAGAAGAUAUCGGUUGUUGUCUUGAGGGGUUUCGAUGUUAGCUCUAGAGAUUACAUUAGAAACAGGAAACAGUGGCAGGAAAAGUCUGAAGAAGGUUCAACAGUGUCUAGGACUUUGGUCGAUGCCCUCGAUCAUUUGCAGGGUAAAAUGUCAGUAAUAGAGGACAGCUUAAACGGGAUGGACUUUGUCACGGUGUGGAGGAAAGUGGCUGAAGGGGUGGAUCAGUCUAUUUCAAAUGGUCUUCUACUGAGUAACAUGAAAUUUUACAACGGAGGUGUGGAGAGGCUAAGUAGCGACAUGGAAGUCUUGUUCGGGGUAUUUCGCACUUGGUGUCUACGCCCUGAAGGCUUUUUUCCGAGAGUAUGUGAAGGUUUGAAGUUGCUCAGGAUGGGAGAGAAACAACUGAAAGAUAUCCUAGCAGGAGGACUGGAAAGGUUUAGGGAGGAAGGCAUUAGUCAUUUGAGAGUCUUCGAGGCAGAAAAGAUUGCGAAGAACCGGGUCUUCACGAGCUGAAGUUUCUGAAGCACAAUCUCUCAUCAACCCAUAGCAUUAGAGAAAGAGACCAGGACAGUGUAUUUAGGCAAACGACACACACUCUUGUAUCAUAUUCUUUGAAUUCACUCAUUGUUUUCUCGAAGAAGUUCAAUAAAAAACUGCUCGGCAACGUGCUCUUUCGUUUGAACUA